AAUUUCGUUUAUUAAGAAUUACAUUUCGACCAAAACCACACAUCCCGACGUGUGGUCGGUGGCCCCUCCAGUCGAGCCUGUGCUGAUUCGAGACCGACAAGGCCCAAGCCAGGGUGCUUUUGUUACACCGAGGAAGAGGGAGCUGGAAUAUUUGAAGGGCUACAUAGGGGGCGAGAGUUGUACAUAUUUUCCCCACCGAGGAUCUCUGCGAAAUGCCAAGCCACCAGAUUCAGGAAGAGUCGAGCGGCAGGAUUUGGUAGCGACCAUACCGUAACCCCCCUCCAGAAAAGCGAUAAAGCCAAACGGAGAGGCCUGCGCGCUGUCAAUAUUCUCCGUUUUUUUGUAUUUUUUUUACGGUUCAUACAGAUUGUACGAGGAAGAGACACCUGGUGUAUGUGUUUAGAAUGGGACACGCUGAAGGUCCAGUCAGAGAAAAAGACAGUUAAGGAUGCAGGAGCACAACAAUGGAUUUCUCCUUUUCUUUCAUGCAAGGGAUCAUGGGAAAUACAAUUCAGCAACCCCCUCAACUAAUUGACUCAGCCAACAUCCGACAGGAGGGCCCCUAUGACACCGGUAGUGACCCGGGUGAGGAUGGAGGUCCUUCCUAUGACGCUGCCCUGGAAGCAGAGUUCUCCUACCCCCCCUCGGCCUCAGAGGACAUGCCCCAGGUGUCCAACGGUUACCCCCCUGGCCUGGGCAUGUUUGACCCCCAGACCAAGUUCUCCAUGUACUCCCAGUUCCCCAAUGGCUCAGCCAACGGCUACGGACCCAUAAGGGGCUACGGGGAGCACGGCCUCCUGUCAGGGGAGGGCACGGUGCUGCGAGGCCCCGGCCUCCAGGAGAGACCGUUGUCUCCUGUGUCCCCACCGUUGCCCACGCAUCAUCCGCACCUCCUGCACCACUCCCAUCACCCUCACACGCUCCCUUACCACUCCAGCCUCCCGCAUCUCCAAGCUCACGCCCAUCCACACACCCAGAGCCCCCCACCACACCCGUCACAGCAUCAUUUGUCCCAUACCCCUCACAUUAUGACUCACACGCUCCCGCCCCCGCCUCCUUUACUCCUGCCUCCCUCCACUCCACCCCCUUCCUUGGUGGACGGCGCCCCGUCAUGCCUACCCCACCACACCCCAUCGACGGCUCACAGCGGGGUGCUGAAGAAGACCAACUCCCCGGAGAUCAAGUUGAAGAUCAUUAAGACGUAUCAGAACGGCAAAGAGCUGUUUGAGUCGGCUCUGUGCGGGGAUCUGCUGCAGGAGUUGCAGGAAGAGACGCAGAAAGACCAGGUGACGCAAAUGCAGCGCAGGAAUGAGAGGAAGAAGGAGAAGAGGAAAAAGAGUGCCAGGCUGCAGGUACAAGUCAAGGAAGAGGGGUUGGACUUGGACCAGCCCCAGGAAAGUUCCACAGACCAGACAGUGACGGAGACAGAGACCCAGGUCCAGCUCCAGCCAACAGAACCACCCCUGGCUCAGACAGAGAGGCCUCAGAAGACUGUUAUCAAAGCUGAGGCAAAGACACUGAAGGUUCCAAAGGUCCAUCAUCCCUCUGUGAUUCAAGAAACCGGGUUCUGUAAGGAGUUUGUCAUUGGGGAUCUGGUCUGGUCCAAGGUGGGCACCUACCCCUGGUGGCCCUGCAUGGUCUCCUCGGAUCCCCAGAUGAAAGUACACACACGCAUCAACACCAGAGGUCACAGGGAGUAUCAUGUGCAGUUCUUUGGCAGUGUGGCCGAGCGAGCAUGGAUCCACGAGAAGAGGAUAGUCAUCUACCAGGGGGAACACCAGUUUGAAGAACUACAAGCCGAGACACUCCGGAAAACCAACAACCUGGCAGAGAAACACAAGCUGCUGAAGCCCAUCCCUCAGAGGGAGCGCGCCCAGUGGGAGGUGGGCGUCGGCCACGCCGAAGACGCCUUCGUCAUGACCAAGCAGGAGCGCAUCGACAACUACACCUUCAUCUACGUCGACCCGGACCCCAACCAGCCCCCGCCCGCCAAGAAGCCCCCCCCUGCCAGACCAGAGAAGCGGACUCAGCGGUCCGCCUCGGCCGUCAAGAAGGAAGAGGCGGGAGUCACGUCGCCCACCAGAGAGCCGCCGCCGCCGCCGCCGCCGUCCCAGCAGCCCCAGCAAUCCCAUCAGCCCCAGCAGCCACGCCGGCAGCUGCCUCGCCGCCAGUGUAGCAUCCAGAACGCCAGCGACGGCACCAACCCCCAGGCCUCGGACGGAGAGAGGGGCGGCAAAAGGGCAGACCCCAGCCCAGCCGGCUCCCAGACCCCAGAGACGGCCUCGGAGGCGGGGAUCGGGCCGGAGUCCCCUCCCCCCGUCCGGGCCUGGAAGACUGCGGCGGCCAGGAAGCUGCUGCCGCUCUCCAUCACCAUGAAGAAGCUCAACGUGGAGAUCACCAAGUGUGACUGGCCUCUCCUGCAGAGGAAGGUGGUACCCUCGCCCAAGCGGGAGCGAGAAGAGGAGGAGGAGGAGGAGGAGGAGAAGGAGGAGCGAGUGGAGGGGGAGGUCCGGCAGCCCGACCUGGGAUAUUGUUCACCGGAGCAGGACUGUGGUGCUAAACCUGAACCAAGCCCGGAGGAAGAGGAGGAGGAAGAGGCUGAAGAAGCAGAGGAGGACAGGGAGGAGAGGAGGGGCUCCCCUGCCAGUCAGAGGAGUGAGGAGGGAGGUAUGCACCCCACCUCAUCUCCUGGCUCCCACCACAGCAGUCCACCAGGUUCUCAAGAGAGGAAGCAGCAACGACGCUCCAUCCGGAGCCGGUCGGAGUCGGAGCGGGGCGGGGAUCCGGUCCCAAAGAAGAAAACCAAAAAGGAACAGGCUGAGCUUGCCCCCGAGACUACUUUGAGAACGGGUUCCCAAAAAGGAGCCAGUGAGAUCUCAGACGCCUGCAAGCCUUUGAAGAAGCGGAGCAGGGCCUCCACAGACGUGGAGAUGGCUUCGUCUCAGUACAGAGACACCUCGGACUCGGACUCCAGAGGCCUCAACGAUCCCCAGGGCUUGUUCGGGAAGGGCCUGGACAGUCCCGCAGCGGCAGACGCAGAUGCAUCUGACACGCAGUCCGUGGAUUCUAACAUGUCCCAGCAGACCAGCACUUCGGGGAAGAAGGACACUGUGUGCCAGAUUUGUGAGGUGUUUGGCGAGGGUUUGGUGGUCUGCGAGGGAGACUGCAGCAGACAUUUUCACCUCGAGUGUCUUGGCCUGACCGCCCUAGUGGACAACAAGUUCACCUGCUCGGAGUGCAAGAACGGUAAUCAUUCGUGCUUUAGCUGUAAGAUGUCGGGACAGGAAGUGACCCGCUGCUCCAUGCCGGGAUGCGGCUGCUUCUACCACAAGGAGUGUGUGUGGAAACUCCCCGGCGCCACCGCCGUCGCGGGGGGGGGAUUCUGCUGCCCGCAGCACACCUGCUUCACCUGUUGCCUGGAGAGAGACCUGGAGAAAGCCAGCAAAGGGCGCAUGAUGCGCUGCCUCCGCUGUCCGGUGGCGUACCACGCGGGCGACGGCUGUGUGGCGGCCGGCAGCGUGGGCCUCACCCACCACCUCAUGAUCUGCAGCGGGCACGCCGCCACCAAGAGGAACGGCCUGCCCUCCUCCCCCGUCAACGUGGGCUGGUGUUUCCUGUGCGCCCGAGGGCUGUUAGUGCAGGACCUUACUGACAACAUAUUAAGUUCAUAUGCCUAUAAGUCCCACUACCUUCUGACUGAGUCAAAUCGUGCUGAGUUGAAAUUACCUAUGAUUCCCUCUCCUUCGUCAGCUACCAAAAAGAAUGUUGGGAAAGGAGGCAAGCUGCUGUGCUGCGACUCUUGCCCCGCCUCCUUUCACCCCGAGUGUCUGGAGGUGGAGAUGCCCGAGGGGGCGUGGUCUUGCAGCGACUGUCGAGCGGGGAAGAAGCCGCGUUACAAACAGAUCGUCUGGGUCAAGCUGGGGAACUACAGGUGGUGGCCAGCGGAAAUCUGCAACCCUCGCCUGGUUGCCGUCCAACAUCCCAGAGCCUCCGCCACGACAUCGGCGGACUUCCCCGUCUUCUUCUUCGGUUCACAUGACUACUACUGGAUCAACCAAGGGCGCGUCUUCCCUUACGUGGAGAACGACAAGAACUUUGCUACGGGCCAGAUCAACGUCAACAAAACCUUCAAGAAAGCACUGGAAGAGGCGGCCCGGCGUUUCCAGGAGCUCAGGGCCCAGAGGGAGAGCAGGGAGGCCCUGGAGCAGGAACGCAACUCGCGCAAACCUCCGCCCUACAAAUUAAUCAAGUCCAACAAGCCCAUGGGGAAAGUGCAAGUGCACCUGGCCGACCUCUCGGAAAUCCCACGAUGCAACUGCAAGCCUGCAGACGAGCAUCCAUGCAACCUGGACUCCCAAUGCCUCAACCGCAUGCUGCAGUACGAGUGCCAUCCCCAGGUGUGUCCAGCCGGGGAGAACUGUGAGAACCAGUGCUUCUCAAAGCACCUGUGUGCCGAGACGGAGCUGUUUAAGACAGACGGCCGCGGCUGGGGGCUGCGGACCACCCAGGCUCUCAGGAAGGGUGACUUUGUGACAGAAUACGUUGGCGAGGUGAUAGACGCGGAGGAGUGCCAGCAACGAAUCAAACACGCCCAUGAAAACCACGUCACCGACUUCUACAUGCUCACUCUCACGAAGGAUCGCGUCAUCGAUGCAGGGCCCAGAGGGAACUCCUCCCGCUUUGUGAACCACAGCUGCAGCCCCAACUGUGAGACCCAGAAGUGGACCGUCAACGGGGACGUGUGCAUAGGGAUCUUCACCCUCUGCGACAUUGAAGCAGGCACGGAGCUGACGUUCAACUACAACAUGUACUGUGUGGGCAACCGAAGAACCUCCUGCCACUGCGGUGCCGACAACUGCUCCGGGUUCCUCGGGGUCCAGCCACGCGCUGUGGUCAUGGAGAAGGAGGAGAAGGCCCGCAACGCCAAGCUGAAGCCCAAGAGGCGGCGGCUGCUGCCAGAGGGCAAGCACACCCACGAGUACUUCUGCUUCUGCUGCGGCGACGGCGGCGAGCUGGUCAUGUGCGACCGGAAGGACUGCCCCAAAGCGUACCACCUCCUGUGUCUGAACCUCAACAAGCCUCCUUAUGGUCGCUGGGAGUGCCCGUGGCACGACUGCAGCGUGUGCGGAAGCCCCGCCUCCUCCCUCUGUGACUUCUGCCCCCGCUCCUUCUGCGGCGACCACGAGGCGGGGGCCCUCACCCCCUCCUCCCUGGACGGGCGGCCCUGCUGCUCCAAUCACAACCCCUCCAGCCCCCUGGGCUCUGAGCCCGCCUCCGCCCAGCCCUCCAGCCCCAGCCUGAGCCCCGUCCGGGUAAAGGAGGAACCUCCAGGCGAGGAGGAGGAGGAGGAGUUGGAGGAGGAGGAGGAGGAGGAGGAGGAGGAAGAAGAGGUGGAGGAAGUGGAGGAGGAGGAAGAAGAGGAGGAGGAGGACGAAGAGGAGGAGGAGUCGAGCCUGCUGGCUGCAGAGUGACAUUGCAGUCCCACCCAUACCUCAAUAUCCCCGGUUGUCCCCUGCACGCCUGGUGGUAGGGGCCUCAUGGGGCCCCCUGCAGCCUCCAUCUGCUGAUGAGGCUACAGGGGGUGCAGUUCUCUGUGACCAGUACCACAGCCACCGAGCAGAGGUGAGAAAGGUCGGAGGGGGGUACUACACCGCACCUCUGUUGGUAGGAGUUGAUGCAUCGUCGUCAUCUUCAUCAUCCUCAUUUAAGGGGAGCGGGUUGCCGUUUGACCCUGGACAGUCCCUCCAUGUCCGGCACACGGCCCAAACCAACAACUACUUCUACCUUCUUAUGUUAGUCGUUUUACCUUUUUUGUUUUUCUCAGCGGUGGGCAUUUUAGGUGUUAUUACGUUGUCGGCAGCCGUCCCUUUGAAGAAGAGAGCGAUGAGGGGCAAAGGUUGGUGGAUUUGUUGUUCCUUCUUUCGUCCCCUGUUUACUCGCUGUGAGUGGUGGUCACUGCACACUGGUGGACCCCGGAGACCACGCGGAGACCCCCAGUCAACACUCCCACGGGUCAUGGCUUCAGCUCAUUCUGUACAUCUCUUCUUUAAAAAGAAAAAAAAAAAGGAGGGCCAAAUGACACUCGUGCAAUUUAUCAGGACCACACUACAUUCCAACCUUCCUUAAGACAUGGUUUUAAUAUACUUAUGAGUAAAUUGACUAAUUAUAUAUACAGUAUAUAUGUUUGUUAAUGUUUACAGACAGAUUCUCUCACUCCAAUCUUGGCGAGUGGUGUAUUAUGUUUGUUUGUUUGUUUCGGUGUUAAACAUUACGCAGACCUCCUUGUGGAAUUUAGUCCUAAAUACGGUGAAUUAUAAUGGUAUAUCGUGUCAUGGAAUCAAAUUGCAAAAAGUACUUGUGAUUUAUUUUCAUAUCGCCAGUAUCACUCACCAUUGUGAACAUAAAUUGCUGGCUCCGAGCAGCAGAGAGUCAAACCGCCAGCAGACAGAGUAAGGACCAAGUCGUGUCCGAUUUCACCUUCUUUUCCUAUUCAGACGAUGGACAGAGGGGGUACGGGUUGUGAUCACUGGUGCUGUUUUAAGUAUUGUACAUCAGCCUUAAGGUUUGACUUUGGGCUGUGAUAACUACUGCCCGGACGCAGUUCAUUUUUAGUAUUGUCGUGUACUGUGGCCACUGAUGCUUUUUGUUAGUUUUUUUCCUUUCUUCGUUUUUUUUUGCCAAACCUUCCUGAAGCACUUUCACUCGGCUUAUCGCUACACAAUUUUUAGGUAGGUCAUGCAUCUACAGAAGUGUAUAUAAACAAACAUAUGACGUGUAAAUGUUAAAAAAAAAAAAAAAAAAAACACAAAAAGAAAAAACAAUACCUCCGCUUCUGUAGUGACGUUGAAACUGUGUUGUGACUCCAUUCUCUUGGUCGUUAUCAAGCGCGUGCUCGUCAGGUCCCGGUGAUCAGAAAUGGGUCCCAACCCUGAUGUUGACAUUAAUUGGAUACUGCCAGCCUAGCUACGCAGCCUGUUUUUAUAAGACAGCGCGGGCGGACUCGAGUGAGACGUUCGGCGCAGAUGAAUCCCAUAUAUCACUGUCUCCCUUGGUGGGAUGUGUUAUUCUCAUAGUCCAUGAGUGCAUUCUCCCAGCUAAAUUUGUUGUUUUUCUAUCGAGUAGGAGACAUGAUGUUAUACAGCAGUUCAUUAUAUUGUACAAAAUAAAUCACAAACAUAUGUACAGUGUUUUUAAUGGUUCAUUUGUCAAAUCCAUGUUUGUCAUUUUUAGCACAUCAUUGCUUUUAUCGGUCAGCUUUUGGUUUCAAACUGAAGUGUUAUUCCCUUGCCACAAAGUUCUUGUAAAAAUAAGACUGAAUUAAAUGGGGGGGGGGGAAAUAGGUUAAAAAAAAAUGUCAUCACUUGCUAUAUAUGUUUUUACAUGUGAUGUUCCCCUUUCGGUCAUAGCAGCCACUUAUGAAACUGUAACAUGAGUUACCUGACAGUGCCCCUAUUUCGGAGUGGGUUCAGCCAUAACAAGCCUUUUCAAAAUCUGCCCUGCCCUGUGUCUAGGCCCAAUACUGCUUGUGAUUUCUUUAUGGUAUGUGAUUAUUUGUGUUAAGUUUUUAGAUUUUGCUCCCAAACCAAUCGGUAUCAACCAUUCAGCGCUAGAGGGUUGAGUGGGGUCAGUCUCUUGUUAUAUAUUUUACAAUACAUAUAUAUAAAUAUAUUUUACUUUUUUUUCUUCACUAGUUGAAUGCAUACAUGAAAGUACUGUGUGUAUAACAUUGAACGUCUAAACCAACUUCUUUUUUGUUUUUUGUAAAGAAUCAUUCAGCUAGCUCAAGUUGGCGUUCUGAGAAUGGUGGUAUAUUCCUUUUGUGGAUAAUAAGUGGAUUUUGGAAGUAGGACAAUCCAUCUUCUGCUGUAGUAUAUACAGGACAUGCUCAAAUAGGUGCAACACCUUAGCAACUUUAAAUAUCCCAGCAGUGCAAAAUUCCCAAACAAAAAUUACCUUUCCUCUUUAUUUGACAAUAACAUUUUGUAUUUAUUAUCUUUUUUACAUGUAAAUAAACAUGUAUACAUUCCACAGAAUCAAACCUUGAAAGACCUGUAAGAGUUUUUGGGUGGAGAAUAACAAGUAAGAAGUUUUGGAAUGAUAUAACGUAAAAUAAUGUUUUGAUUUGCCCUUAUGUUAAAACACUUUCACUCCAUAUCAAACUGUAUUCCAUUGACACAAAUAUUACACAAUUCCUAUUCUUUAUUUUUAUAUUCGUUGGACUUUUGUUUUUCAACUUUGUAGAAAAAUUCUGAACAACGGUUCUUACUGUUGCACCUCCAAACCACUUGAAUAUAUUUGUGUGUUGACAUUUUUGUUUUGCCCCUCACAACUGUUACAGCAUUUACAUUUCGUAUGCCUAAAUGGUGCAUUGCAGUGUUAAAGCAUUAUUUGAUAUUUUUGCUAUCAAAAGUACAUUUGAGUUAAGUGAGUCGAUUACCGUGUUGUGGCCACAUUCUUCAAGAGAAAAGCAUGUUCUCAUGGAAGGGUACGUUUUAUUUUUAUUAUGUCUUGAAUAUUGCCAUUUUCUGCCAACUCAAUUGAAGAGAACAUAGCCCUUAUGUCUUAAUUGUAUGUUUCUGUUUAUUGUGACGUCUUACUUUUCUUUUUGUGCAAUUUUGCUGGUUGCCAUAAAAAUGUGGAUUGACAUGUCCUUUAGAGGAAAAUAAGUCGGAUGAAAUAAUAAUUAAUAAGAACACACCUUCUUUUUUUACAUUAGAAUUGCUUAAAGUCAUUCUUACUGGGGUCAUGUCACUCUGUGUUUUGAGUCAAGUUUAUUUGUACAGGAAUUGCAGUCGUAAAGGCUUCAGUGGCCUCCACUCAGUUGCAUUACCUUGUCCUUAAGCCCUCACAGGGGGACGGAAAACCAAGUUGGAAAAGGAAGAAAUGUUGAGAAGGGAUGCAAAGCAGGGAUUCCUUUCAUCAUUCAAAUGUUGAUUUACACAAAUAACAAACUUUCUUACCGUUCCAUCUGUGUUACUGCAUAUUGCAUAUUAGUGAAGAUUUGUAAAUAGCAUACUUUGCAUUGAACUUGCAUAGGAUCAUGUUACUGUGCUGUGCUAUUGCCUGUACAAUUCUGCUUCUAAAUGUGUGUGACUGUUGGGACAACCUUUUGUACAUGACUGUCUUUUUAUUUGAGAAUAUUGAUUCCGUUUUUCCAUUCUAAAGUUGGAUUUGAGGAGUUCAGACAUGCCUGAAGUUUGACUUUAAUAAAGCUAUACUCUGUCUAAGUGAAACCCA